GUGCAUCUCCAUCUUCUUCGUGGAGUUUCAGGGCCAUUUCGGGGCUGAGUACUCAGCCACGGCGUGGAUCCACAGCCUGGUGGACUGCAUCACCAUGCUCUGUGCUCCCGUGGGGAGCCUGGUGGGGAGACGGUGGUCUUGCAGGGUAGCUGUGAUGUUGGGUGGCGUCCUGUCAUCAUUGGGCCUCCUGCUCAGCUCCUUCUCCACCAGCCUGGAGCUCCUGUACCUGACCAUGGGAGCCCUCACAGGUCUGGGCUUCGCCCUCUGCUACACCCCGGCCAUCGCCCUGGUGGGCUGCUACUUCCAGCAGAGGAAAGCGCUGGCGUACGGCAUAGCCAUGUCGGGCAGCGGCAUCGGGACGUUCGUGCUGGCGCCAGUCCUGCAGCUGCUCAUUGAGCUGUACUCCUGGAGGGGGGCGCUGCUCAUCCUGAGCGCCGUGGUCGCUAAUCUCUGCGUCUGCGGAGCACUCAUGCGGCCAAUCGUAGUGCAGGAGCAGACGGAGGGGGAGGAGUCAUGCG